CUUUGAGAUGUCACAGAAUCGGACUAUUCUGAAUAUUCAGAAUCGGAAUAAUUCUUUCCAAACGAUCCAGUUUGAAAUUUAACCAUCGUGAAUGAAAGAAUAUUACGGAAGAAUUUCGUCGUAUUAUUUCCUUCUUCAAAAAAUGUCGGCUGUAAUAUUAUUUCUCCACAAAUGUGAUGGACCAGUCUUAAUUAGAUGAUAUAUCGCGUUUUAACGACCCACAGAUAGGACAGUUCGUAAAAGUGAAAGUAGAGGUCUAAAAAUAGACAUUUUCGUCAGGUGAUUUCCCCUCGAAAAAUCCAUGAAUUUAAUAUAUAAAGAAAGCAGGCGACCAGUUGUGUUUUCAGUUUGAACAGUAAGAUCUAAUGUUGAAUUAACUGUGAAGGCUUUGAGAAACAAAAAUAAUUGAGAAGAACAAUUUCAUUGGUGCAAAAGUUUGGAUCAGCCAAUGAAAAAAAGAGGAGUAUUUUGGAAUCUGAAGUGCACAGCAAGUAUUAUAUGACUAGGUCUACAAACUUUGGUUGAAGUCAUCACAGACUGCAAAAUGGCAGAGGAUCAGAAGGACUCUGAGGAACCUUUGAGUGAUUUAUUUGAUCCCACUACGUUAGAGUUAAUUUUUAGUGGAAUUGGUGCAAAUUCAAACUCUACCAUCAAUGCAGAGGAUUCAAAAGACUUAAUAAGUGGUUCUGGUUUACAUGUCUCUGGGACCCCAGGUCCUGAAGUUGAACCAACCAAUGGACACAGAAUUCCUCAGUCCACAAUGGAGGUUGUCGUCACUAACAAGAUGACACGAUUCCGUUAUGACACGGAACUUAACAACAGAAACAUUGGCAAGGAGGAGCUCGUAUCCAUUAGGUUCCUCAAUAUAUAUACAGAGGUUUUUGUGAGAAUCCACGUGAUAGAUCCCAGCAACAAGAAGGCUCACCCAUAUUGUCUGAUUGGUGAUAAGUGUAAAAAUGGACUGUAUGUAGAAAAAUUCAUUCCAACAACAGAAAAUAAGUGUACAUUAUCAUGUAAAGCAACAAUUAAAAUUCCCAAGAGAGGAGAAUAUGAAGAUGAACUUGCAAAAAGAAAGCAAGCAAUGGAAAAGUAUAUGGGCAUAUACAGUGAAGAUAUGAAGAAAGCUGGGUAUUGGAACAUAAAUAAAAAUGUAAAGGAAUGCAAGUGUGUGUCUUUAUUUGUGGAAGCCUUCUACAAGGUCGGAAAACAGACGUUCAUGCUGUCAGAUGCCACCCAUAGUUUGCUUAAUGCCAAGGAGGGAAGAAGCUUCAGCAUCCACACCAUUCGUCCCUUUGCUCACUCCUGUUUAGGCUCCAGAAGUCCCAACGAAUACAUGUUGAUUGUUCUCACUGGUGACUCUUUCAUUCCGAAAGGGAUAGAAGUUCGAUUUACAGAUAAUGAAGGCUGGAAUGUGAAAGCUGAAAAGCCAAAUGUGAUAAAAAAUGUUCUGGAGGUCAAAAUUCCACCAUAUAAAAAUUCGGAAAUUGAAAAUCCAAAACAGAUACAGGUUUAUGUGAAAUCAGAUGGCAAAGUGGACCUGGAGGCCAAGCCUAUGGACUUUAUGUACACACCAGAUGGAAAAGUAGUUAUUGAAAGUAAAAAGAGGAAGCUUCAAGACUACAGCAACAUACCUGAAGACAUUGUCUCUGAAGCAAGUGCAAUCACAAAAUUCAGAGUGAAGUCCCAUUUGGAACAGAGAAGAAAAAAGAUGAGUAAACCUAGUGCCACCGCCACUGCACCACCUCCAAGUGCUGCUGCACCAAUGGAAGGCAGUCUUAGUGACCCAACCAUGUCAUCAGCGGUAUAUAACACUUCUGCUGUCGAUUUCCUUCAGAACAGUCCUGGAACAUCUGCACCAUACUUCCCUGCUGUUGUGGUGCCUUCGAAUGUUUCAUUCCAUUCUUCAACACAACCAGGUUAUAUGGAAACCACUUCCAGUCAAAACUCAAUGUUGCAUGAGAACAUGGCUUAUACCAGUAACCCAUCAACUAAUUAUCAGGUACCAGUUUCAUCAGCCCAUGUCGCGUUAUCAGUCCCAACACCUCAAAUCAACAUGCCGAUGCAGUCUCUAGAUAACAGUAUGUCAGCCAGAUCCCUUCAGUCUCAGUAUUCCUUGUCGACUACUAUGGCAAACAGCACUGUGACUUCCCCCCAACCACCUCCCUCCCCCAUGAGCAACAUGGGAAAGUUUAAGACUGUCGCCAUUGCUGGAACCAACCAGUGGCUUCUGAUCGACCAGUUUGGAAAGCCUCUACUUGUCCUGGGAGGGCAGAAUGAUGAAGUAUCAGCUGUACAGGAUAUAACUUCCAUGCCUCCAAAUAUCACCAGUCCUUCCAUGUAUGACCAGUCUAAUGGAAUGGGCUUUCCAAUGAGUGAUGCGAGUGAUACCUUGUCAAUUAAUCCGCUCUCUAAUGCUUCUGAUAAUGACUUGGAGGUGGAUGAUGCUGGUGGGGAUUGUGCAGAUCAUCCAUCUUCUUCCUCAGAGGUAAAAGUCUCAGAAUCAUCAGAUGUGAUAAACAGUGAAAGCAGACUCAGCUCUUCACCAGGAAGGGAAACCCCUCAGGUGGCUUUUGAUGAAGAUGUAAUAGACAUUGGUGAUGAUGUGGAUGUAGCGGCUACUAGCAUGGAACAAAUGAGCCUGGAGUUGAAAGAUAUCUAGAAUUUUGUUUUCAGGUAUCAGAAAAGUUACUGAUUUCAAAUAGAUAAAAAGAUUCACUUUUGAUUUGAAAGCCAGUAUUUGAGUACCUGGUAGUGCAGUCCAUUAAAAAACCCAAAUCACUCAUUAAAGAGUGUAUAUAAAUAGUUGAAUUUGGAAGACUGCAGUGAUUCUUAAACUAAAAAGAUUUUCACAUCUUAUGAACACAGUACACUGUCAAUUUGAGAAGUGAGAAACAGGCUACUUGUAACUGAAGCUAGGCAAUGUGUAUUAAAUAAACCCUCUACACUAUUAUAAAGAAAUAGAAUGAUGGGACAGUAUCAUUAAUGCUAUUGAAGCAGGUAUUAGAGAUGGAAUUGAAACAGAACAAAACCUAAAAAAAAAUUGCACUGAAAACGCCUAUCCAUUGUAAGUGUACAUGUACAUAGGAUACUGAAGCAAGGAAAUAAAAUCACAGCUGGCAUGCACAAAGAAAUGGUUCGUAUUGAAGGAUUUUAUUUGGAAGCAAAUUGACACUUAAUAUAAUAUUUUCCAGGGCUUUUACUUGUGAAUGUGCAUGAUUGUCAGUGAUGAAAUAUAGUUGCAUUAAGAGACAGUUCAAAGACAGACAAUUUAUUUGAGUUAAUCAUAAUUCAAGAAUAAACAAUGUGCCCUGUACUUUUUUAAAGGAUGAAUAAUUCUUUUUGAAGAGGGGUACCUAAGAAAUCCAUGAAUAUCCCCCCUCCAAAAAAAAAAAAGAUGAUUCCACAGUAAAUUUUCAUAUAUAUUAUCAUUGCAAUACAUGUAUUUUAUAGCGAGCGCAGCUCGCCGGCGCGCAGCGCCGGCGCGAAGCGAGCUCUACCGGCAAGGCGUGUGUGAAUAGAAAAUUCGGACUAUUUGCACAUUCAUUCAACGGAUUUUUUUGGCGUCAGUAAAUCGGACCAGUAAUGCCUUGUUUUAAUCGUCCCAGUAGUUCCCUGUAAUUAUGGUUUCCCAUUUCACACUCUCACGAGAACAAGAUAAAAGACUACGUACAUGCAUUGAAACAACGCCAAUUUCCGGAGUUAUCGUCCUUUCGAGUGACGUCACAAUGGAUUUCUUACACAUUGAUCCGACAGAAUUUUUCGGAGUCAGUAAAUUUAGACCCACAAUGCAAUUCCUCAAUGUCGGCCGAUCUCACUAGACUGGAUACCAUCUCGCGAGAAUCAAAGUAAAACUUUUGAGAAACAGAUAAAUUGUGUAAUUUCCAGAACAUCAUGCUUUUUAAGUAAACCAAACAGUAUUUUUCGCGUAGUUUUUUCUAGUGUGUUUUCAAAGAGACAGACUACACUUGACUGACGUGAACUUUGACGUCACAAUAAGGGGAAACUACUCUAAGUAGUUAUUGUAAAUCUGCUGAAAUAUAAAUACCAAAAUCU